AUGAUAGAGAUGGCGGCGGAGAAGGAGCCGUUCCUGGUACCUGCCCCGCCGCCGCCGCUCAAAGAGGAGUCGGGCGGAGGGGGCAGCCCCUCGGUGCAGCCGCACCGAGAGCCCGCCUCCGGGGAGCUCCGCGGCGGUACGCAGCGUGGGCCUGGCUCGCGAGCACACGCCGCCGGGGUCUUGGCUUCUGGAGCGGGCAAGGAGAGCCCCGGGGCUACCGCCCAGCCUCGGGCCAGCCAGUCGCAGCAGCAGCGAGGGGGCGGCCUCCAGACGCAGGGGGAGGCCCGCUUGUCGGAUCCCCACGGGCGAGCCGCUCCCCCGGACGUGGGGGAGGAGCGACGGGGAGGGGGUGGAACAGAACUGGGACCCCCUGCCCCGCCUCGACCCCGGAACGGCUAUCAGCCCCACCGGCCCCCCGGGGGAGGUGGGGGCAAGAGGAGAAAUAGCUGCAAUGUCGGGGGAGGUGGUGGAGGCUUCAAACAUCCGGCCUUCAAGAGGCGCAGGCGGGUUAAUUCGGACUGUGACUCUGUGUUACCCUCCAACUUCCUCCUGGGGGGCAAUAUCUUUGAUCCACUGAACCUGAAUAGCCUCCUGGAUGAGGAAGUGAGCCGCGCACUCAAUGCUGAGACCCCUAAGUCAUCCCCACUUCCGGCCAAGGGGCGAGAUCCAGUGGAGAUUCUCAUCCCCAAAGAUAUUACUGAUCCACUUAGUCUCAAUACUUGCACUGAUGAGGCCCAAGUAGUUCUUGCUUCACCACUCAAGACUGGUCGGAAGCGACAUAGACACCGGGGACAGCAUCACCAGCAGCAGCAGGCAACUGGAGGGACUGAUAGCCACUCUGUGCUGCCCACAGCUCCCCCUACUCCCUCACUCCAUGGGGAGGGCACCACACAGCAGCAACGGCAUAGGGGCCAGAACCAAAACCGUGAUGCCCCCGAGCCAUAUGAACUCAACACAGCCAUCAACUGCAGGGAUGAGGUCGUGUCUCCCCUUCCAUCUGCCCUACCGAGACCCUCAGGCUCUCUCUCAGCCUCUUCAGCUGCCUCAAUUGCCUCUGCACCCCCGUCUUCCUCCUCACGACAUAGAAAACGGCGCAGGACUUCCAGCAAGUCAGAGGCAGGGGCUAGGAGUGGAGGAAGCCAGGGUCCCAAGGAAAAGGGCCGGGGGAGUGGGGGAGGCCGCCACCACCUCCACCCACUACCUGCAGCAGGUUUCAAAAAGCAACAGCGCAAGUUCCAGUAUGGGAAUUACUGCAAGUACUAUGGGUACCGAAAUCCUUCCUGUGAGGAUGGGCGCCUUCGGGUGUUGAAGCCUGAGUGGUUUCAGGGUCGGGAUGUCCUAGAUCUGGGCUGCAAUGUGGGCCAUGUGACUCUGAGCAUUGCCUGUAAGUGGGGCCCGUCCCGCAUUGUAGGCCUGGAUAUCGAUGCCCAACUCAUCCACUCGGCCCGCCAAAACAUCAGACACUACCUGUCAGAGGAGCUGCGACUGCAAUCCCAGACUGCUGAGGGGGACCCAGGAGCAGAGAGUAAGGAAGGGACCACAACCAUCCGAAAGAAGACCUGCUUCCCAGCCUCACUGACAGCAAGCCGGGGUCCCAUUGCUGCACCCCAAGUGCCCUUGGAUGGAGCAGACACAACAGUCUUCCCCAAUAAUGUUGUCUUCGUUACGGGUAACUAUGUGCUGGAUCGAGAUGAGCUGGUGGAGGCCCAAAAACCUGAGUAUGACGUGGUGCUCUGCCUCAGCCUUACCAAGUGGGUACAUCUGAACUGGGGAGACGAGGGACUGAAGCGCAUGUUUCGACGGAUCUACCGGCACCUACGCCCUGGGGGCAUCUUGAUCCUCGAACCCCAACCUUGGUCAACCUACGCCAAGAGAAAGACUCUCACAGAAACAACCUACAAGAACUAUUAUCGGAUCCAGCUGAAGCCAGAGCAGUUCAGUUCCUACCUGACAUCCCCAGAAGUGGGCUUUUCCAGCUACGAGCUUGUGGCCACACCCCACAACACCUUCAAAGGCUUCCAGCGUCCUGUGUACCUGUUCCACAAGGCCCGUUCCCCCAGCCACUAA